AUGUUGGGCCGGGUCUUCUUACCAGCGUGUUCCUCGAUUGUGUCUCGGGCAGUGAAAAAACUUUCAUCUGUCGCAGAGAAAACGAUAGAAGCAGUUGCAGUUAGUGUUGAUCGAGACGUGCCACGAGCAGAUAUAUCGGCACUUAAACCGCGACACAGAGUAAUUGCCUCUGGUGGUAUGCCUCCAUUAGAAUUUGAAUGGGAAAGGCAACGGAAUUCACAAAGGGAGCGAUUUGGUACGUAUGGACUUAAAAGCGGAGUGGAACCUAGCAUAUGUUGGCCCACAGUGGAGGAAAUCGAGGAGGAACAGGCUAUUGGCCUCUAUCGUGAAUAUGAAACUUGUUUGAGAGAAAUGAAAACUCUGAAGCAAAGAAAUGAAGCCAAGGAUGCAGCGAGAAUAGCAGAACUAGAAAGGAACCUACAGAAAUAUCCUAAAGUUCUCGCCAAAUAUGAAGCAUCGCAAGUGAAAGCUGAAAAGGAGCGGGAUGCCAAGGAAAUUGCUCUGGAAAAUCGAAUACGAGAAAUUCAAGAGUAUUUCGGUUAUUGGAUGGAUCCAAAGGACCCUCGCUUCGAAGUUAUGUUACAACAAAAGGAACAGGAAGAGAAGAAGGCAGCAAAAAUGGCGAAACGAGCGGAAAUACAGAAGAAGAAGAUUGCUGAUGUUUUAUGA